UUGCAGGAUUCAAAUGGUGUGAUAGGUUUAUCAUCAACUGUUAAGAAACAGACGAAACCGUUAGAAAUGUUACCAAACCAAAGCGUUUUGCAGAUUGCGUCAGGCGCUGAUCAUCUAUGCAUGUUAACAUCAAAUGGUGAUAUUUACUCCGUCGGGGCAGGUGAACAAGGACAGCUGGGAAGGGUAGCAGAAUGUUUCUCAUCAAGGGGCGGUAGAAAGGGUCUCAAAGUUGUUUUAGAGCCAUCUAAAGUGUACUGUCGCAAGAUUCGUGGUGCCGGUAAAAUUAAAUUCAAUGAUGUGUGGUGUUCAGCAUAUUGUACCUAUGCAAGGGUAGAAGGUGUUGGUGUUUUCGGAUGGGGACUCAACAACUACCACCACUUAGGAGUGGAAGACACACGAACAUGGUUUGUACCACAGCUGUUAACAUCUUGUAGUAAACUUAAAAUCACAUCUAUAUCUGGGGGACAGCAUCAUACAGUGUUACUUGAUGAUAACGGUGAUGUGUAUUCCUGGGGAAUGGGAAGCAGUCUACAACUUGGUACUGGAGAAGAGGAUGACGAAUACACACCUGUUAUUGUGAAAGGAAAACAGUUAGAAACUAGAAAAGUUAUAAUGGUGUCUGUUGGUGGGCAGCAUACAGUGUUGCUAGCUGUUGAUAAUUAAAUGACUUUAUAGAACCCCUGAUGGCAGGUGAUGGUAUGCUCUCGUGGCAAGUGGGUACAAAAUCUCGGGCUUCCACAUUCCGGUAAACUUAUUCAAAGGAACCAAUAGUUAAACAUUACAACUUUUCAUUGGGUUGGUGUCAAUCAUUGGCACCUUCGAAGAUGGCCGUGUGCUGGUUUUCUACAUGCAUUGGUGAACACAGCUGAUUUGGGAAAUAACCUUGAAGAAAACUAGGCGUUUUAAAAUGAAAAUGCCUGAAUAACAUCGUUACUGCCAGUACUUUUGCUUGACUAUUUGCAUAUAUAUACUAUAGGUGAAAAGUAUGAACUAAUGGUACCGCAAGCUCAUCUGAUAAUCCAUACAACAUUUAUAAGCAUAAACUAUCAAAACGAAAAACUCUGAUACUAUUAACCUGUAUUGCUGGUGCUAUUUUAUCAGAUAGUAAUAAUUUUAAUUACUCGGAAAAGUUUUAUUUUCUAGGAAAUGCUAAGUAUGCUAUCUCAGCAGUGUGGCUUUCCUAACUUACUCGGAAAUAUCCUCCUGACCAAAUUAGAAAUUUCAAACAAUCUGAACUUUGACUAUUUAAAAAAGGAUAGUAUUCUUCCAUGCCAUAGAAGUUGAAAAUAUUUUUAAAAUAUGCCGCUUCAUUAAAUCCUUCUAUAUGUUCAUUUUUAGAUGCACAAUUGUUUUUUUUUUAAGCCCCUCUUGUUAAAUUUUGUGCGGCUCUAAUCUCAAAAAAUCUUAGAUGUUGAAAAAAAAUUCUGUAAUCUAUUUUUGUAUGUUGUGAUUUUACAUUAUAAUUUUCGGUUUUCUUAAUUUUCAAGUCAUGUACAGUAAUAUUUUGUUUAUAAUAAUGCUUGGCUUAAGCCUCUCUCUGGAAUUUUGUAGUUAUCUCAUAAGCUCACUGCCAAUUUGUAACAAUUUCAACAAUGUCUUGUGUACAAUAACAUUUUUAAUACUACCAAGCUAA